UAAUUAAAUAAUUUCAAAAAGAAUUAAAAAUAAAGACAACAAAUAUUUGUUUGUUAAAUAAAGAUAAAACAAAACAUAAAUUUCACAAAGCUACUCUUAAAAUCUCCAAGCAAAAGAGAUCUACCUAAUUAUAAACACAAUACAUUAUCGCUAUAAAUAGUUUCUCUUUAAAUGUUUUAAAUGAAAUUUGAAGAUGUUUCUGCAGAUAUUGCUAUGAACAACCAUCAAGAUGACGAAAGCGCUGAUUUCUUUAAUUUCUUUACCUAAGAACCUAAAAAUAACCUUAAUAAAACUAAGGAAUAACAAUGGGGUGACUUCUUUAAUGAGACUAAUAAUGGUCUACCCUUCAAGAAGGAAGAGUCAUUUAAUGAAAAAAAUAAUUAAAUUGAAUACCUCAAUAAUGAAGACUGCUGCUUCUUUUACAAUUAAUAGGAAGCCAUGGAAUGUGAAAAUGAUUACAAGUUAUUUAACCGUGAAUUUUAUUAUCCCAACAUGCAAUUAAAUCACAACUUUUCCAGUUGGAAACAAGAGAGUAAGAUGUUUUCAUCUAAGGGCAUUUUAGUUGACUAAUAAGUCCUCUAAAAUGAAAGAAAAGUCUCCUCAAUUUCUUGGAAUAAAUUAAAAAACUACAUUGAAGUUCAAUAUAAUAUUAAUGAGUAAUACUUAAUCGAAAAAAAAUCCUCCCAAAAAUAAGCUUGCAGCGAUUCCCAGAUUGAAACUAUUGAGCCUUCAGUUCACAACUCAGAUGCUCAAUCAGUAAAAAAUCUCGAAAAUUCAGCAACUGAAUAAGAAGAAUUUUUAAACUCAUCAAACGAUAGCUCUUAAGUUAACAUGACCGAGCUCUCUUUAAAUCAUCAUUUGGAUUAAUCAUAGCCAGUUAAUUUUAAUGAGUAGCUUGAUUAUCAAAAUUAGUUAAUCUCUUCAGAUUUUUUCAUUUUUAGAGAAUCUGGAUCUUCUUAAAAGAUUGCCUUUCUUUCAGGAUCUUUCAUAAGCUAAGAUUUGCUUUAACUCUUAUCUGAUAAACUGGGUGAUAUCCAAAAUAUUUAUUCUUCAUAAUAAUUAUAGGACAGUUUUGCUAGCUUUAAGAAUGAAGCUAACACUUUAAAGAAAAAGUAAAUCUAAGAAUACAUCUUUUCCAACAUGGAAAGCUUUUCGUCUGGUCAAGUUACCUGCGAAGAGCUAUUUGCUUUUGAAACUGUAGAUGCUUUCUAAUUUACUGCUUAAGUGUUCUUUUAAGUAUUUCAUGUAAGAGGACUUAAUGGCGAUUUAUAGGGCUGCGUAAUUAAGCAUCACUUAUUUGUUCCUUAAGAAACUAUUGCAUUCAUACAAUAACAAAGAAAGGAUAAGCAAUAAAAAGAAAAGCUUUAAUAAGCUGAAUAAGAAGAAGAAUAAUAAUAAUCCUCAGUCAAAUCUAUCACUAAAGAAUAAUAAAUCAUGAAGGAUAUCUAAAAUUGUAAGAGAAAUGACUAAUUCUCCAAACAAGUUAAAAAAUUCCUCUAUAAAUUCAAAUACAUCAGCAAACAAAAAAACUAAAAGAAAUAAAAAAGAGAAUAAGACCUAUAUCCUUCAAAGACUUGCAAAUACCGUCUCAUUAAAUAGUGA